AUGACGACGAUGAUGAACAUACAAUUAAAUUUCUCUUGGGUUGAUUUUCUUCUACUCGGUGGUGAUUUAUUUCAUGAUAACAAACCGUCCAGAGAUACAUUGCAUGGAUGCAUGGCUUUGUUAAGACAGUAUUGUAUGGGAGAAAAACCAAUACAGAUUGAAUUCCUCAGUGACCAAUCUGUCAACUUUGCAGCUAAUAAAUUUCCUGUAGUGAACUAUGAAGAUCCAAAUUACAAUGUUUCUAUACCUGUUUUCUCAAUACAUGGUAACCAUGAUGAUCCAACAGGACCAAAUAAUUCAUGCGCAUUAGACUUACUGAGUGUUGUUGGACUAGUUAAUCACUUUGGUAAAAUUACAUCCCUGGAAAAAAUAGAAAUAUCACCAAUUUUACUACAGAAAGGCAGAACAAAACUAGCUAUGUAUGGGUUAGGUUCUGUGCGGGAUGAACGACUUCACCGUUUAUUUUGUCAUAAAAAAGUGAGUAUGCUGAGACCGAAAGAAGACAAAGAUGAUUGGUUUAAUAUGUUUGUACUUCACCAAAACAGAUCAAAACACGGUCAAACAAAUUACAUCCCAGAACAAUUCCUUGAUGACUUCAUUGAUUUAGUUAUUUGGGGGCAUGAACAUGAAUGCCGAAUAGACCCUGAGUGGAAUGGAUUACAGAAUUUCUUUGUCAGUCAGCCAGGAAGUACAAUAGCAACGUCACUCAGCGAAGGAGAAUCCAAACAAAAACAUGUUGGUCUUGUCAGAGUACGAGAGAGAGCAAUGAAAUGUUCAAAAAUCCCGUUAAAAACUGUACGCCAAUUCUACACUGAAGAUGUAGUACUUUGUGAGACAAGUCUGAAUCCUGAAGACUUUAAUAUCACUCAGAUAGUUGAAGAGUUUUGUGUGGCAAAAGUUGAAGCCUUGCUGGAACGAGCAGAGUCUGAUCACACGGGUAAUCCCAGACAACCUAAACUGCCACUCAUUAGAAUCAGGGUUGAUUACAGUGGUGGAUUUGAACCUUUUAACAUUUGUCGAUUUGGUCAGAAGUUUGUAGACAGGGUGGCUAACCCCAAAGAUAUAAUUCUCUUCCAUCGAAGGAAAGCAAUAGAAAAAAAAGAUUUUAAAAGUAACAUUGACAAAGAUGAAUUGGAUAGUUAUUUACGUCCAGAAGCAUUGGAUACCUCUAGGAUAGAAGAUCUGGUCAAGGAUUAUUUUAAAAAUGCAGACAAGGAUUGUCAGUUGUCUAUUCUGAGUGAAAGAGGACUCAGUAGAGCCGUACAAGAGUUUGUAGACAAGGAUGAAAAGGACGCUAUAUCAGAACUUGUAACUUACCAAAUACAGAAGGCACACGAUGAAUUGCUGAGAAGGGGAGUGCAUUAUGAAAAUAUUGAGAAUGAAUUGGGAAAAAUGAAAGAAGAAAGAGUACAAGGACAGGAAGAAGAAGAAGCAGAUGAGGUGAUUAAUAAAGUACGGGCUAAGAAACCGUACAAACCACAAACUGAUGACUUCAGUGACGAAGAGAUGGAAACUAGAGAAAUUGACUCAGAUGACAGCAACACAUCUGCCACAGCCAGAGGCAGAGGAAGGGGGCGAGGGAGAGCUAGAGGGAGGGGCUCCAGGGGUGGGACAACCACUUCUAGAGGUAGGGGCAGUCGAGGAGGAAAAACCAAAGCUCCGAUUAUUAAAGCUGGAAAUUCAAUUGCAGACGCAUUCAGUAGAUCACAGCAACCAAAGAUACAGUCUAGGAAAUCCAUGAAGAUGUAUGACGAUGAUGAUUCUGACUCCAAUGAUCCAUUUGAUAAUAUCCCAUUGUCUACUUCAAAACGAAAAGCAGCCAAUACCAGUAGGUUUUCCAGUAGAGGAGUACAGUUCAGUGAUUCAGAGGAUGCUUCUGAUGAUGAUCCAUUCAGUAUGCCUUCCACAGGUAGAAGUAACAAAAGAAAUGCAAGAUCUCGCAACAAACCAUUGUUUUAGUUUAUCUCACAACAAACCAUUGUUUUAGUUUACCUCACAACAAACCAUUGUUUUAGUUUAUCUAGCAACAAACCAUUGUUUUAGUUUAUCUCGCAACAAACCAUUGUUUUAGUUUAUCUCGCAACAAACCAUUGUUUUAGUUUA